AUUUAACAGAUUUUGAUUACAGCAAUGAUGGUUACAAGGAUGAUGAUAAUCAAGAUUUGGAUUCUAUUGAAUCUAUUACAACAAGUCAUAAAAUUUCAAUUAUUGAUGAAGAAAUUGUUAAAGAAUUUCGGUUAUAA